AAAAUACAAAAUCAUAUUGACAGAAGUCCUGCUGGAGAGCGCGAACCACGAACGCAAACAAGAAACGUAAACAUUGUUGAUAAAAUCAAAUAAAACCCAAACUUUAAUGAUGAAAUAUACUGUUUUAAUAUACAGAUAGGAAUGCAAACGAAAAACACAUGAAAUGGAAGCCAUUAAGAAGGAUAUUUCCUAUCAGGAAAUGCCAUUCUGUGUGAAUACACCGUGUCAUGAUUUUUAUAUAUAUACAGACCUCAAGGACGUAGCAGAGAAAUGUUUAAUAUUCGGCGAUGAAGUUAUAAAAUGUAGGACGAUAGGAAUUUUAAAAAGUAUCAAUGGACGUUUCUAUUUGACUGACCUGAAUGAGACACAGUGUCAGUCGGAGCCUCUGGUGCAGGUGUCCGUGGUGUACCUGAAAUCUCCGCCACAGUCGACAGUAAUUCCAUACCCGGUGCAAGUAUUUGGGACACUGCAGUGGAAGAACAGACCUGUUAUAUUCGCUAAAAUAUUGCAGGUAAUGACUGUAACUACUGCAAUAAGAAUGAAGAAUUCCUUAAGUAGUAUCACCAGUCUGCACUUGGCUAGGAAUCUUCCUGUACAUGAAGAGCAACAGGAUCCUACUUGAAACAAGUAACAAUUAAAACAUUUUUUGUUAUGUUUAUGUUAAAAAUUAUGUUCUUAAUGUGUAUCUAGGAUAAGAGUGUGUAUCAAAUAUCAGAUCAAUCUGCCAUCAGAAAGGGGGAAAAUUGUAAUUAUGUCAUGUGGGGCAAAUUAAAAGAGUCAGUUAAAAGAAUGCAUAUUUAUUAAAUCUUAAAUAAAUACAUUAAAUAACAAUAUGUGAUAAAAUUUACAACAUUCCAUCACCAAGCACUCACUGUGCUCAUUACAUUUAAAAAAAUAUGAUUGGCAUAGACAAGAUUACUUCCAUUUGCAAGCAUUUUCAAGUAUUUUAUCAAGUUAUACCAAACACAUUGUAACAAUGCUAUGUACCAGUUAUAUAUUCAAUGUAUUGUGGUCGAGUACAUUGCUUGGAAUGCUUAUUUUGUGUAGUAUCUGCUGUAUAACUCUCAAAAUAAUGAAGCAGCAUCAUGUAAAUAUAUGUUGAGCAUGUCACCCUCAAAUUUAUAAACCGAAUAUCUCUGUAACAGUAAUUAUUAUGAUGUAAAUAAGAAAUACAAAUGUUAUUGCAGUAAGGUAA